AUGUCCCUGAAACGCCCCCCACCCCCACGACCAAGGUGUCCAUGCAAAUUUCCUCAUUUAUGUCGACUGCUGUUUAAAUGCUUUGGCAAUCUCACGAAGGUGACCCCAACGUUUGGAAAUAUUGCUGCCUUUGCACGUGCAACUUCCAUAUGGUUUUGCUUCAAGUCCAGUUGGUUCCUUUCCAUUGACAGGGAACAGACAGCUCUGCACAAAGCAGCUGCGUACGGUCAAAGGAGGGUUUGUGAGGCCCUCGUUCGCGCCAGAGCCUCCCUUCUCUCUGAGGACCGCAAGGGUCAGACUCCCCGCCUUCUAGCCCUCACCGCUCAUGACGAUCACCUGGCACUCUUUCUACACCGUAAGCGCCUACUGACAAUUAGUCAGUAG